CAAAACCCAUUCCAUCCCCAUCCCCACCCCCACCUAAAACCUCCCUCAUUUUUAAUUCCCCCUGAAACUGGUGCAGCUUCACCUACCUCUGUCUCUCUUUCUCUCUCCGAACACUCCGCAACACUCAUCUAAUGGAUUCCGCCAUAGCCAUAUCCUCUUCUUUCCUUCGUCUCCCCAAAUCCAACUGCAACCAUCUUCUUCCAUCAACCCUAUUUUCUCUCUCCUCAACAACCCCGCUUAAACCCUCUUCCAAGCUCUCCAUUACUGCUAGUUUUUCUUCUAAUCCUAACAUUAAUCCUUCAAAUGGGUACAACAAAGAAACCCCAUUUUCCCGAACUCUUUCCACCGCUGCUAAAACGGUGGUUUUAACGGUGGCAGCCACUUUAAUGGCCUCCAAAUUCAAGGAAAUGCCCGCGAAGGCGGAGCUGUCGGCACCAACUGUAGAAGAAUCCACGGUGGAGGAAGAAAAAGUUGAUAAUUUGAAUGAAAUUGAAAGUGGGUCUGAAGCGAAAUCGCCCUUGUCUCACUUAUUGGAAUCUAAUUCCGAAUUUGUGGAUAAUUUGUGGAGCUUAUUACAGAAAAAACUUGAAAUUGGGGAAGAUGAAGAGGCAUUGAAUAUUCUGGGUAAAUUGGUAGAAGCUCAACCUUUUGAAAUGGAGUGGAAAUUUCUAAGGGCGAGGUUAUUGAGUGAAAUGGCGAAAACCCAGGAAGCUAGAGAAGCAUUUGAGGAUAUCUUGGCAUUGAAUCCUCUUUCUUUUGAGGCAUUGUUUGAGAAUGCUUUGCUGAUGGACCGCUCUGGCGAAAGCGAUAACGUGAUUGCAAGGCUAGAGCAGGCUUUAAGCAUUGCUAUGGAUGAGAAUAAGGCGAAGGAAGCUAGGGAUGUAAGGUUGAUCAUUGCUCAAAUUCAGUUCUUGCAUAAGAAUGUGGAUGAAGCAUUGAAAAAUUAUGAGGAAUUAAUCAAGGAGGAUCCUAAAGAUUUUAGGCCUUAUUUCUGUAAAGGGAUGAUUUAUAGCUUGCUUGAUCGAAACACUGAGGCUAGAGAACAAUUUGCCAAGUAUAGAGAGCUUUCACCCAAGAAAUAUGAGGUUGAAGGGUACUUGAGGUCUCCACUUUCAAGGAUGAAGUUGUUCGGGACCGAUUCGCAGAGCUGAAUUUGCGAUGGGCUGUGAUUUUUGGUUGCAGGAAUAAGCGAGGGAUGGAAGAAGCAAUGUGGUUGCUUCUAGGUAAAUCAUCUGUCUCCUAUCAUAUUGUGUUAGUGAAAAGAGUAUUUUGUUUUAUUUUUUGCUCAUUACUUUGUAUUUAGGAUCAUUUUUACUGCGGCAAAAUGAUUAGUUAUUGGAGUUGUAUACUGAAUUACUGAUUAGAUGAUGUAGUGAUGCAUGAUUGCUCACAUGAUUACAAUUAAGGAAUGAGAAAAUAAGGAACUUCUUGAUGAGUUAUGAAA